AUGGAGGAGGCCGAGCUCUGCUUUCCUCAGCUCAACACCUCCUGCAGGAGGCUGCAGCGUCCUCAGUCUGAGGUCAUAGUGACUGUAGUUGCUCUGUCCUCCAUCUCUCUGCUCACUGCGAUUCUCAACCUGCUGGUCAUCAUAUCCAUCUCACACUUCAGGCAGCUCCACACCCACAACAACCUCCUCCUCCUCUCUCUGGCCGUCUCGGACUUCCUUGUCGGCCUUUUGUUCUCUUUUCAGAUCGUUCUCAUAGACGGCUGCUGGUUCCUGGGUGACAAAGCAGAAGCAGUCGGAGUCAAACAGGAAAACAGGAAAAGGCUGCGCUGUUACCUGAAGUGUGAGAUGGAGAUGAUGACCAGCAGGUUGAGAAUCGCAGUUAUCCUUCAGAACCAGACCCUGAAACACCACAGAGCAGAUCCAACACACACAGACACAGAUUUUCACUCUUUUCUGUGUAACUUUGGUGGAGUAAUGCAGAGGGUGGCAAAUGGCCACAUAACGGUCAAUAGAAAUGAUUACCAUGGUUCCUAUGGAGGCCGAGGUGACGAUGAACAUGCAGCUGUCCAUGAGCAUCAUCUGAAAGAUCAAAAUAAGGCUGACAAGAAAGUCCGCGACAGCCAGAGAGAGGAGGUUGGUGGGGGUUUGGAGCUGCCUGUGGAGGGAGAAUGGAUAAAUGUUGAGAAUCGCAGUGACCAGAGAGAUGGAGGACAGAGUAACUACAGUCACUAUGACCUCAGACUGAGGACGCUGCAGCGUCCUGCAGGAGGUGUUGACCUGAGGAAAGCAGAGCUCGGCCUCCUCCAUCGUCACAGGAAGAAGGAGCUCCUGGACUCAAACCGACUGAGUCUGCUCUAUCCCCGUCCUUGA